GAGCCCAGCAAUAAAAGGGUUAAGCCGGUGGGGAAAGGGGGAGGAGUCACAGGCAUCAUCACCCCUGUCAAAACACCUGCCCUGAAACGCCUGGGAAAGAGCAUAACGAGGUCCAUCAGUUUCCGGACAGAGGCACGACCUUUGCCCCCUGCUCCUAUUCGCUCGCGGCAGAAGGCCUCGUCGUUCCCGCGGCGACGCAGUAGCCAAUGCUGGAGUGACACAGUGGACAGUCACGACCUCACGGCCAAGGAGAUCAAACGACAAGAGGUGAUCUAUGAGUUGACGGAGGGAGAGAGACAGCUGAUCGAGGACCUCAGUCUGGUUAAAAAGGUGUACUAUGAGCCCAUGCUGAAGUUGGACAUCAUGACCGAGAGUGAGCUGGGACAGAUCUUUGGUACUCUGGACUCUCUCAUACCCCUCCAUGAAGAUCUCUUGGCUCGGCUGGAACGCCUGAGAGGAUCAGAAAAGACUGUUGGGGCAGUUGGAGUAACACUCUUCAACUGGUUCCCCUGUCUAGAGGCGUAUGUGACAUAUUGUUGUAACCAGGUGGAGGCUAAGGCCCUGUUGGACAUGAAGAAGCAGCAGAAACGAGUGGAGCAAUUCCUUCGUCUGUGCCAGGAGUCGUCUUUUAGCAGGAAGUUGGACCUCUGGAACUUCCUGGACCUCCCUCGCAGCCGAUUGGUCAAAUACCCGCUGUUGCUACGGGAGAUUCUGAAGAGCACGCCCCCAGAUCACCCCGAUGAAGACACACUGCCUGACGCUAAGCUCCAUGUGUUCCUGUUUGAGCUGUGUCUGGUUCUGACCCGCUCGGUGGAGGACAAAGAAGGGGGUGUGGUCUUUCAGGUGUACCGCCAGCCCCUCCCCACCGCCACGCUCCACCUAGAAGACCUACCUGACGGGGAGGGCGGCGGGGGAGGGGCCUUCAGGGGGGCCUUCACCAGCGGCAACGACAAAGUACGUAACUGUCUCCGGGUGUCCAGUAGGGGGCGCUCUAAGGCCCAGUCUCACAGUCUCCAGGCCAACGACUCAUUCAACAAGCAGCAGUGGAUCUCCUGCCUGCGCCAGGCCAUGGUCCAAUCACGAGACAGGGACGCCCAGGUCAGCCAAUCACCGCUGUCGUCCCGCCUCUCCCCAGACUUCGCCCUGUACCACAUCGCAGAGCUGAGUCUGAGCUCAGACACCGAGAUGGCAGACCAGAGCAGUCAAUGACCGAGCAGAGUGAUCCGUGACAGGCAGACUAGACAAAUCAAAGACUGAUCAACCAAUUGCUUAUCAAUAGUCCCAUGAUGCAUUUCGAGGUGGUGGUGUUAUUAAACAUGAAGGAUGUGUACGCUGGUCAGUACAGUUUUAUAAGGGGAGAGGGGGGGGGGUGUUAUAUUGGCUCGUAAUGUAAUGUGCCUUCUAGCCUGGAUGCCAGGCUGUUUGUGCUCUCUUGUCUCAACUCCUUAUGGAAUCGUUAUGCAGAACAAUGACAACGGAGAUCUGGGACGAGGCGGACAUACUGUGGAGAUCUGGGACGAGGCGGACAUACUGUGGAGAUCUGGGACGAGGCGGACAUACUGAGGAGAUCUGGGGUCUAUCAAGUUUAAAAACGACUCAAUCAUCAGACAUCUUCUAGAAUAGGAUGUGAUACUGAAUUAUAAUAUGUGCCUAGAGAACGCCAUUCGUGCCAAAAUAGAUGUUUAAACUCUCUGCGAUGUGAUUAUUGAUCACAUUGAUAACCUGUACAGAUUCAAGGCAAUAUUGAUGAAAGUAAAUGUUAUGAGUGAAGUGGGUCUUUUUUUUUUUUUUAUCGUGUUUUUAGAAUUUUUUUACUUGUUGCUAAUAAACUUAAAGAUCAAUGAA